CCAGCCUUGUCCUGUACAAACCGAGUGAAGUUUGCACGCUGCUGGUAGUCUUUCACCGGUGUAUCCAGCGCAUAUGCUGCAACCACAGAAACAAGGAACGGUUGCCGACUGGAUGAAAAUAGCACUGUCCACCGGGACUAUCCAAAGAGAGCAGUGGCAGCAUUAUGUCUCUGGAGAAAAUUAGUUUAUAAGCUAUUUGUUUUAACAUUUAGGUGGCAACGAGCGCGUAGUUCACGAUAUGGUUAGCGGAGAAUGGAAGCGGACGACGUGUCGGUUAGAGAGCAGAUAUUCCACGACCGAGUUCGGGAGAUCAUAAUUUGCGUCCUGCUCUUCAUCUGUCUUUACAUCCUCUCCUACUUCAUCAUCACUCACUUCAAAAAAAAUGCAGAGUUUAUGUCAGACGACGACGAGGAAGCUACUGUCAACAGAAUUGCGUUAUGGCUCUGCACCUUCACUCUGUCUGUGUCUGUGGGGGCGGUCCUACUCCUCCCCCUCUCCAUCCUGUCCAAUGAGGUGCUGCUCUCCUUCCCACACAGCUACUACAUGCAGUGGCUCAAUGGCUCCCUCAUCCACGGCCUUUGGAACCUGGUCUUCCUUUUCUCCAACCUCUCCCUCUUCUUCCUCAUGCCGUUCGCAUACUUCUUCACCGAGUCUGAGGGAUUUGUCGGCUCCAAAAAGGGCCUGAUGGGCCGCCUGUACGAGACGACGGUGGUGCUGCUUCUCCUCACCCUGCUGGUGCUCGGCAUCGUGUGGGUGGCCUCCGCCCUCCUCCACCACGACUCCGCCCAGGAGAGCCUCUACGAUAUGUGGGAGUAUUACCUGCCCUACCUGUACUCCUGCAUCUCACUGUUUGGGGUCCUGCUGCUCCUGUUGUGCACGCCCUUCGGACUGUCCCGCAUGUUCAGCAUCACGGGGAGCCUGCUGGUCAAGCCUCGGCUGUUGGAGGAUGUAGAGGAGACCGUCAGCUGUGCGUUGUUUGAAGAGGCCUCUCUCUCCAGAAAACUGACCGAUGGGACUUCCUGCUGGCUCAGCUUAAACCUGGAGGUGGUGAAGAGGCAGCUCCUCAGCGUUCAGGCCCGACGGAUCACCCUGGAGAUGAGGAGGAGGGCGUCGCCGUGGCAGCGCAACCUUGGUUACCCACUGGCCAUGCUCCUGCUGUUGGCCCUAACGGUGGUGUCGGUGCUGAUGGUGUGUUUCCACGUGCUGGAGCUGCUCAUCGAUGACAGGGCCAUGCCCAGAGGAAUGGAGGACGCCCGUCUGGGCGCCGCCUCCUUCUCCAUGUUUGGCUCUCUGGGAGCGGCGGUGCAGGUCGUGAUCAUCCUGUACCUGAUGGUGUCCUCUGUGGUUGGGUUCUACAGCUCUCGCUUUUUCACAGGCUUGCUGCCUCGUUCCCAGGACACCACCCUGACGCAGAUCAUUGGAAACUGCGUCUCUCUGCUGGUUUUGAGCUCGGCCCUGCCCGUCUUCUCCCGGACUCUGGGGAUCACAAGGUUUGACUUGCUGGGAGACUUUGGGAGGUACAACUGGCUAGGGAACUUCUACAUCGUGUUCCUGUACAACCUUGUGUUCGCUGGGCUGACGUCUGCCUGCCUCAUCAACACCGUCACCUGGGCCCUGCAGAGAGAGCUGAUACGAGCCUUCGGUCUUCACAAACUCCCUCUGAAGAUGUCCCGCUCCACAAUCCCACUCAAGCUCCUCCUGGCCAGUGGACUCUCCAAGAUUCAGUGAUGUCUCGCCAACCUCUGGUUCCUUGCUCCUCCAACCUCCAAAGGUGCAGAACCUUCCGGAAUAAUGAAUGCAAGACUCCCUGUUGGACCUCAGGACACUACUGCACCUUGUCUGCUGAGCCAAUUGGAGCACAGAAGCCUGUCGGCCAAUCGAUUGGAGGAGGUGUGCUGUCAAAGCACGCUGAAAGAGACAUUGGCUGUAGGAACUGGAAGAGAAAUUUAGUCUGGUCAAUGACUUACCUUUGGGACCAAAUGUGUUUGUUUUUUUGUUUACCGAGGCCACCGCCUGAAUUGUACUGCAGGGGGAAAAUGUGAUUCUUUGCCAAAAGGGCAUUAAGUGCUUAGUUAAGCACAGAAUAGGAAGUGCUGGGCUGUGUGACCUUUCACCCUGUUCCCUACACCAGUGCCUUGUGGGACAUUAACAAUGGCAAUAUUUAGUAGAUGGGAUUUGACACCUGUCCAAACCUAGGUCUGCAGACCUUUUUUCGAACAUGACGUCAUGGCUGUGACAUCAUUUCCUCUUCCUGCCCAGUCUAUGGAGUGUAUUGCUUUGGCAGGAAGUUUAACACGGGGCAUUUCCUAUCUGUGCAGACCUCCCCCCCGCAAUUACCCCCCACGCCUUCCCCCUUUUACCGAACUAUUUCUGUUGCCUCAGUCACUCCUCUUUACCUUACUCUUCUAGUCAAAUGCCAUUUCCUUUUUUUGUUGUGUCUUUUUCUCCGUGAUGUAGCUGAGACCUAAUCAGCAGUGUGAAGAACGUGAGGAGAAAGGGAGAUGGUGUUCGGUUUGACAGUGGUGCAGACAGGAGGCCUUCUCUGAAAGCCCUCGCUGUCUUAACGCUUCGGCAUGAAGGGACGAGGAGGCGGGGCCUGAGCGGAAGGGAAGAGAGUGGGGUUAAGGAUGGAAAACUUAGCGCUCGUCCCGAGACCUUUUAUAUCAUAAACAACGGUGCCUGUGGUGUUAGAGGGUUUGGUUAUUAUUUCUUUUAAGAAUAAUUGUCAACUUUUUAGGAAUUGUGAAAGUGGUUGCCUAUCCUCAUUGCUCGGGCCAGAUUGGAUAUUUACUUGUGGACCGCAACCUAAAACUAUAAUGUUUACACUGCUAGUGCGUGUGUGUGUUGUGUGCAUGUUGUGUGUGUGUGUGUGUGUGUGGUGUGCAUGUUGUGUGUGUGUGUGUGUGCGUGUGUGUAUAAACUAAAGUGCAAUACAAAACAUGGGAUGGUCAGGCUUGGUUUUGAAGGAUAGUGUGUGUGCAUGUGUGUCUUGUUUCUGUUUCUUGUAACCACGUGCUUAUUGUGACACACGGUAGUUGAGAUGUAUGCUUCUCUGCCAGUGUUUAUGUAGCUCUGUUGCCUUGUUUGUCUGUGUGUGCCUUUGAUUUUGCAACAUCAUCUCAUUGUAAUGAAAUCUGUGGGCUGCUGCUGUGGAAUCGAACGGGCAGUGGGGUAGCCAGGAAUUCCCGGGGUGAAAUUCCGAACCGAACUGUCAUACUUCAGCCAUUUGGGGGGUCCGGUGCUGUAGGCACAUUGACUGAAGGGGAGAGGGGGCUCUAGCUCAAAACCUACAACUCCCUCAGCUAUACCUAUGCAAACUGGAGUCUCUAGACUAGACUCUGCUUCAGGGGACACUGGUCAUUGAGAAGCCUUGUCUAGCUGGUAAAUGCAUGGGGGAAAACUCAGAACCACUACGUUCUUUGUGUUUAGUAUUUUAAGUUCUGUUAAAGAGAAAAGAAAUGAUCAAGCAGAAAGACACUUCUGCUGGAGCUGGGCUGUAGUGCUGUACAACUUUUAAAUUCACUGAGCAGUUAUUUUAAUGCUAGUGAAUUCUGUUAUCUCUUAAUAGGUUUGAAAAAAUUCGUUGUUAUCCAAAUAUGUGUAUCCUUUUUUUAAAAGUGUAAUUUGCCCCUCCCACCAAUUGUUUUACCCCCCAAAUUCCCCAUCCUCAAAUCUACAGUCGCCUCAGACAGAGUUGUUGCCUGAGUCAGCGAGCCUGCUAUGUGGACUGACAGGGUGAGGGGGAGCCAGCGAGCGGGAUGAGCGGGAACAGCAGUGCAGUCCCUGUGUGUGCUGCAGCUUCAUGCCCGUGUGCUUCUCUGCGCUGAUCACCCUUACCUGCGGCCAGGCGUACGACGGCCCUUACAUUUAACACACACGUGUCAUCACUGUCCUGCGGCAGUUUCUUUUGAGAAGUGCAGUAACUGUAGUUUGACAGGGGUGGACAGGUGCAGAUCAUGUGACUCAGAUUUACAUUUAAGGAGAGGAGAAAAGAAUAUCUGUGAAAUUUCAUUGGCUUUCAAGCCAUAAAAAAAUUCUACUGAAUGUUUUAUUUUUAAUUACUUUUUUAUUUCCAAAACUCCGAGGUUAUCAAAAGUAGGUAUGUGGGAUUAUUUUAACAUGGCAUGGAUUUGCUACAAUUUACUAUUGUUUUCAUUGAUUAAAAAGACAAUAAAUGUAUUUAUCAGUUUUCUAUAA